AAACUGCAAACACCAGUCUAAAGAAAUGCCUCAACUUCAGUUACGCAGCACCUGCAUGCUUUUCCGUUUUUAUUCCCGUUCUUUUAUUUUGGGGUAGAAAUUAGUCUCCGGUCACAUAGGUGUUCACGUGCAGGAGGUGAUUAAUCACGUUUAUGACGUCCCCUCCUGUUUUCAUCUGGAUAGUGACACCCAGGUAGUGCGCACGGUGUAUAUGAGUCACAGAUUCAGCGGCUGAGAGCGUUACCCCACCAACUGGUGUGUUGGCCCCCCGCACGCGCAACAGAGGGGAAAAAGGAGGAGGGAGUUGGCCCCCUUCCUCCUCCUCUUGUUUCCACCUCAUCCUAUCGGACUCAUCACCCGUCCUGAUUGAUCGUCGGGUGUCUUCCCGGAGGAAGCCCUCCUGCGAGGAGCGAGGAGGACAGCGUGCGUGGGUAGAGGCUACGUGGGCGGAUGAGGGAGUUUGGAUGCGGGAUUGAUGGGCACACACCUCCUGCACGCGGCAGCAGCAGCGGCGGCGGCAGCAGCGCGCGCCGGGGUCCCCUUCCAGCAGUUCCCGCGAGCAGAGCUGCCAUCCGUGCGUGGGAAAAUGACAUUCAGGCUCCUGGUCACCUUCUUCUCACUUCUUCUGCUCGCCCAGGCUGCUCGUUCUGACCUACUGGAAUAUGGCGACGAUGAAGAGGACCUCCACGACACCACCGUCAACCAGAUGCUGGUGCCCAGGACGCACCAGGAGGACGCAACGCUCAUCCUCAACAACCUGCUGAGGGAAUAUGAUAAAACCCUGCGGCCGGAUAUUGGCGAGAAACCGACACUCAUUGAUGUGGGCAUAUACGUCAACAGCAUUGGGCCCGUGUCAUCCAUCGAUAUGGAGUACCAGAUCGAUAUAAUCUUUGCACAGUCUUGGGUCGACACCCGUCUGCAGUAUAACAGCAGCAGCAUGCGGAUUCUGACCCUCAAUAGCAAUAUGGUCGGCCUGAUCUGGCUGCCUGACACCAUCUUUAGGAACUCCAAGAACGCCGACUCGCACUGGAUAACGACUCCAAAUCAGCUACUUCGCAUCUGGAACAAUGGAAAGAUACUUUACACACUGAGGAUGACCAUCAAUGCAGAAUGCCAGCUGCAGCUUCAUAAUUUCCCCAUGGAUGCGCAUUCCUGUCCUCUGGAGUUCUCCAGCUAUGGCUACCCGCGGGAAGAGAUUGUUUACAAGUGGAAGCGAAACUCUGUGGAGACUUCAGACCAGAAAUAUUGGAGGCUUUAUCAGUUUGACUUCAUGGGGCUCCGAAACACGACAGACCUGCUUAGAACAACAGCAGGUGACUAUGUGCUGUUGACGGUGUACUUUGAUCUGAGCAGGAGGAUGGGCUACUUCACCAUCCAAACCUACAUCCCCUGUAUUCUCACCGUGGUUCUCUCCUGGGUUUCUUUCUGGAUUAAAAGUGACGCCACGCCUGCCAGGACAACCUUAGGUAUCACCACAGUGUUGACAAUGACCACCCUGAGCACAGUGGCCAGGAACUCCCUACCCAGAGUCUCCUACGUAACGGCCAUGGAUCUGUUUGUGACCGUCUGUUUCCUGUUCGUCUUUGCUGCCAUGAUUGAGUACGCAAUGCUCAAUUACUACUCCUACAUUAUACGCAGACCACCUCCAAAGAUGCAGAGAAUGGCCUAUUCAUCUUUCAACAUGGGUCGUGCACCUCGGUCCAUGAUGCCAAUGGGUAACUCUUUGUUCUGGCAUGACUAUGAAGACAACUGCCUGUACGAGUGCCUGGAUGGCAAAGACUGCAAGAGCUUCUUCUGCUGCUUUGAAGAGUGUAAAGAAGGUGGUUGGAGGAAAGGACGGAUUCACCUCAACAUCCAGGAGCUGGAUUCCUAUUCCCGGGUGUUUUUCCCCACCUCCUUUUUGCUUUUUAACAUAGUCUACUGGGUCAGCUACCUCUAUCUUUAGUCUAAUUGGGUGGUGAUCUUUGGACCCUGCCAGAACACAUCUCCUUGUUUUUCACCAAGACUGGAGAUAUAAAGUCUUAACUGAGGGAAGUUCAGAAAAUUGUCAAGAACUGGUCUAUGGGGAUUUUUACUGAAAUGCUUUUUAAACGGUAGGACUUUAAGAGUUGGCAUAUGACUUCUCCCAUACUGAAGACUAAACUAUCAGGAUUAACCUGAAAGGCCAAUUUUAUGACGGAAAAGUUCGGGGACAGGGUUGCAAAGCUGAAUCUUGGACAUCGAGAUAGCGAGCACCCAUAGUGCCUUCUCUGGAAAGGGUGCGACUUCAGAGUUUCCUCCAUUACAUCACUGGUCACAAGGCCGCAUGCUGAGCUGUCGGACGAAACCAAUCCGGAUCACAGUUUUUCACAAAUGGACAUGUUUGGACAUAUAUGUAAUGCUUUCAUUUUGUAGCAGCUUAGUUUUGGUUCUAUACUGGGAAUCUUUUUUUUUUUUUAUUGUUACAAUAUCUCCAUCCUUGGUUGUGCUUUCACAAAAAUGCAGCUACACAUAUAUUCUUAAUAGUUCAAUAUAAGUUGGAGCUGCAGUAUCAGCUCAACAGGCAGUUGUUUCUAAUGCUUUAUAACCACAGGAUGCAGUUUACAACUGAUGCCAAGAAGAGUUAGUUUUUUUUAAAUAUAUGCUGGGUUAUAUUCUUAGAUAAAAGUAUAACAACUAAACCCCAGCUCUGGGAAUAUUAUCUAUGUUUAAGAACACAAAUAGGAUUAG